AUGGGGAGAGGUCGGAAGUGGUGUGCUCAGGAGGACGAAGCUCUGGCUCGCGCGUACAAGAUUUCUGCGGAGAACCCAAUACAAGGAACGGACCAAAAAGCUGCUGCAUUCUGGGAGGAUGUGUGCCGGCACACGGCAGCAGUAUUCGACGGUGAAGCUCGAUCUCUACAAGCCGUCAAAAACCGUUGGAGCAUCAUAUCACACGAUGUAGCAAAGUUUUCGGGCGUUGUGCCUCCUCUCCACGGCGAUAUACACACUCACCGUCGUCUCGAGACAGCUAUUGGUUUCGAUGAGGUCCUCGCUGCGAUACAACCUGUUCCUGACGCGCUGUCGGCAUUACCCCAACGCGUUGCCGACUUAGAGCGUCAGUUGCGGUUUGCUCAGUCCGAGGCUGCUGCCGCCGUGCGUUCGGUGGCACCCCACAUCAUGGCUCGUGAGAACGCGGAGACGUUCCUCAAGGCUGCAAACGCUGAGAUUGAAGCCUUACACCACCACGUCAAGAUUCUCCGCGAGUCGAACGCCAAGAACGACGCCAUGCUCGCCACUGUUCAAGCCACUAUGGAACGACACGCAGAAGACUUGAAUCGUCUGCACUGCGAGGUCCAAGCUCGGGACUUUUUUAUCAGCACGUUGCAGAAGAAGCUGGCUCGCGAACGCGAAGUGUACAAGUCUUCUAUUGGCGCGAAUACUGAGCAGACCCGGAAGCUCCACCUCCUUCUGGUAAAGCUUGCCCAGGGCAAGUAUGUCGAUAACGACACGCUCAAGGUCCUCGAGAACCAGCAAGACCGUAACACUCGCCUCCUCCAAGCGAAUCGUACCCUCCGUGCACACGUGAGUCUGGCAGGGAUGGAUCCCGAGGUACUUCGUCUGGCUGUCGAAGCGUUCAACAGUACCAACAUUUGUCCAUUGGGUUACGGCAAGGAUGGAGACGACUGUAUCGCGCAAUGUCCAUUAUCGUACCCUGUUUCCUGCUCUCUGGAGUGUAUUCCUCAAAAUGACGACUGUGCUCUUGAGACACUUUCCAAGAUCGAUUCGAACUCUGGCACCGACGAUGCUGCGUGGCUAUUACGAGCGUUAGGCAAGAAGAAAAAGAAGAAAAGCAAGAAUGCAGCGGAGACCGAUGCAGUCAGAACCUCGGGAACCGAAACAUCGGCGAAGAAGACGCAGCAGAAAGUAGAAAAUGAGCGAAAAGUGGGCGUCAUUGGGCUCUCCAUGUCCGUGCAGGAACGUCAGCAGUUGUGGCGCAAUGGGUCGACCAAGAAGCCUCUGGAUGAAGCUGCAGAGCAUACCAAACAGCAGGAACGAGAACGCCAGGAAACAGGCUUUGACUGGGUCUUCCAAGAAGUCUUCGGCAAGGAUCAAGUGGGACAGAAAGGAGCGGACGAGGAAGAGAUGGACAGCAUCCUUGGCGCUGCUAAGGCGUCCUCUCUGGGACUCUCUACUACGACAGCGUCGUUGAUGGCUACCAAUGACGGCAACGCGAAGGAAACUACAGAAACAGGGAAACGCAGAGCUCCAGACGACGUAGAAGAAAACUCUUGGGGCUUUGCUUCGACUGAGAACAGUGCACUAAGUCUCGAUGACUUUGACGCUGAAGAAGACAGUAACAAUGUGGAUUCUGGUGCCUUUAAAGCUGGAAACGCUGCAGGAUUUGAGCGAUGGAAGGCCGAGGACGCACAGAGAGCUGUGAGUGACAAUUUUGUCAAGUUAAACAUGCGCAAGCGCUUCAAAGGAAGUUCUGGACGUGCCAAGAAGCGUCCAGCUUAUCUGCGAGCUCGGAAUGAGAACUCACUGGACGAAGCUACUGGCGAGAAGUCGACAGGAAUCGCGCCAGUUGUCGAUGCCAAUGGCAGUCAACAACGCAAGCUGGACAAGUCUUUGCUGGCUGACGACGGAGUGGACUUCAUUGAGGAAUGUCUGGAGGCGUUGGCCAAGGCGGAGAAGGCGCAUGAGCUCACUAAUCAGGCAACUGACUCGAAGUCCCCUAAGCAGGGAUUGGAACCCCCGAGAUGUCAUCAUGCGCUGGUCUGUCCGAGACGCAUGUUGUGGCGGUCAACUCGAGAUUGGCUCGAACGUCAUCUCGACUUGAAGGCAGCUACCAUCGAGACGUUCCUGACGCUGCUGGCACUGGAGACACAGCGAGAACGAGCUGUCAAGGAAGACAGGACAGGCCCACGUGUCACGCUGCAGCCUCAGAGUAUGAGUCGAUGCACGCUGCAGCUACUGGACUCACAGGCGAAGAAAUUGGCGCCUCGCUCAUGUGUGAAGAUGUUGCUGGACGCUGCGCGACGCAAGGAGCUGCCUCAUGGUCAUGUUUCACAUCGCAAGGACGGGUACUUGAGCUCCUGGACUGUAGACUUUCACUUGCACGAGACAGCGCAGUGGUACGCGCGUGUUGGCGGCAAGAAAGAAGGCUCUGCAACGCCUUUGGCGACUUUAGAUGCGCAACAGGAGGGAGAGACGAACGCUGCUGCGGUGGCUGCAGCAACCAACGAACGGCGGAUGCUACAGGAGCUGCGAGCUGCGCAACAGACUGGCCAGAUCCAGCGCCUGACGCUGUCGCAGCCAGCGUUCCAGCUGCAGCUGAGCUGGCGAGUCGACGAGACCGAAGAGAUGAAGACCGAGGCUGCGGAACGAUGGACCGCCAGUCUGUACGCGAAGCACGAACACCUCGAGUCACGGCAGCUCGCUCGUCUUGCGCAGCUGUACAGUGCACUACACGCAGCUGCGCUGCCAGCGCCAUCUCCGUCCAGACCGCACGACGAGAAUGAAGAAGAUCUUGAGAGUAAGGCCCUCGCUCUGGAGACGAAACUCGUGCACUACUUCGAGGACGAAGAUAGUGACGAAGGAGAGGAAGACGAACGUUUACUACACAAGAUGCUACGUCCUCUUACCGCAUCUCUGAUCGAGGCAAUUGAGCGAGACACGAGCUCGCUGAUACAGCUGCGUCUUGGUGGGAAUCCGAUGGAGGAAAGUAGUGCCGAGGACAGAGAGGAGAUCAUGUGGACGAGCUAUGCGGUGGCCAAGGUGUUUCACGGGCUUACGACGCCGCAACUCCCGACACGACAGUGGCGCGACCACGUCUGCUGGCGUCGCUACUCCGACGUCGCCUUCGAGCGCAUCGUACAGAUUGCAAACAGAGUGUUAGUGGAGAAUCAAGCUACAGCAAGUAAGGAUUUAGCGUCUAUAGAAGAAUAA